UACGACAUACCUACAGAUAACACGCUAGUGUCGCGCCGCCCGUGACUCCGAACGGCUGUCAGUUCUGUUCAGUGAACAAUUUACAAACCAAAAUGGCGUUUUCCUUGCAAGAUGCUGCAGUACAAUCGUACAUCGUGUAUUCCGCCAUAUUGGCGUUAAAGUUGCUAGCGCUCUCUACACUGACGGGUAUGAAGAGGAUGUCCAAGAAAGUGUUCGCGAAUCCAGAGGACGCAGCCGCGCUUAAAGGGAAGGUGAAUCUGAACGAUCCAGAGGUUGAGCGCGUACGGCGGGCGCAUUUGAAUGAUUUGGAGAACAUUCCAGCGUUCUGGCUGUUGGGGGCACUGUACGUGACUACCGCGCCUGUGGCCGCCUGGGCUACCUUGCUGUUCCGUGUGUACACCGUCAGCCGUUUCAUUCAUACUUUUGUCUACGCUGUUGUGCCCAUGCCGCAGCCUGCCCGCGGUAUUGCCUACGGCGUUCCAUACCUGAUCAAAUGGUACAUGGGGAUUCAAGUGAUUCUACACUACGCGGCAGCUCUAUCGUACAUAGUAUAUUCAGCGAUAUUGGCGUUAAAGUUGAUAGCAGUGUCUACACUGACUAGUAUGAAGAGAUUGUCAAGGAAAGUGUACGCGAAUCCAGAGGACGCAGCCGCGCUUAAAGGGAAGGUGAAUCUGAACGAUCCAGAGGUUGAACGCGUACGGCGGGCGCAUUUGAACGACCUGGAGAAUAUUCCAGCGUUCUGGCUGUUGGGGGCACUGUACGUGACUACCGGGCCUGUGGCCACCUGGGCUACAUUUCUGUUCCGCGUCUACACCAUCAGCCGCUUGGUUCAUACUUUUGUCUACGCUAUAGUGCCGAUGCCGCAACCUGCUCGCGGUAUGGCAUUCGGCGUACCAUACCUGAUCAAGUGGUACAUGGGAAUCCAGGUGAUUCUACACUAUGCGACUGCCCUUUAAUUUUGUGCUAAAUUGUUGUAAUAAAUUGUUGGGUUAUAA